UUUAGCUGCUAUAGGGGACACCACUCUUGUCCUGCGCAGGUGCUCAUCACCAAGCUGCGCUCCGCCACCUCGCUGGAGACCCAGCAGUCGCGCAAGGCCACCAAGGCGCUGCUUGUCCUCAUCCCGCUGCUGGGCAUGACCUACGUCCUCACCAUCGCCGCGCCCCCGGCCGAGGCCACGGGCUCAGCGGUGUACGCCGCUGUCAGGGCCUUCCUGCUCUCCACUCAGGGCAUGAGCGUGGCGCUGCUGUACUGCUUCCUGAACGCCGAGGUGCGGCGCGCCCUGCACCACCGCUGGCACCGCUGGCGCGAGUCGCGCGACCUGGCGGCGCGUCCCUGUCCGGCCUGCGCCAAGGACUGGUCGCCCCGCUCCCGCACCGAGAGCAUACGGUGAGUAGUGGAGUCGCUCGACGUAGCAGCGCGGCAAGGACGAGUAGCACCGCUCGCGCACCGGGGGCAUCGGGAAAU